GAAGGCAUAGUUGACAUGUAACUUUUUCUUACAGCCAUGCAUCGUGACUCCUGUCCGUUAGACUGUAAAGUCUAUGUUGGAAACCUUGGAAACAACGGCAACAAAACUGAAUUAGAACGUGCUUUUGGUUAUUAUGGACCCCUGCGAAGUGUGUGGGUUGCUAGGAACCCCCCUGGCUUUGCGUUUGUCGAGUUUGAAGAUCCCAGAGAUGCAGCUGAUGCGGUUAGGGAACUAGAUGGAAGGACGUUAUGUGGGUGUCGAGUUCGUGUAGAAUUAUCUAAUGGAGAGAAAAGGAGUAGAAAUCGUGGACCUCCUCCAUCAUGGAACAGACGUCCCAGGGAUGAUUAUCGAAGGAGAAGUCCAGCACCUAGGCGCAGAUCUCCGAGGAGGAGGAGCUUUUCUCGUAGCCGUAGCAGGUCUCUUUCUAGAGAGCGUAGGAGAGAAAGAUCACUGUCUAGGGAGAGGAACCAUAAGCCAUCUCGGUCAUUUUCUCGAUCAAGAAGUCGCUCAAGGUCAAAUGAGAGGAAAUAAGUCUUCCUUUGGAAGUGUACAGACCAUGACAUUGGAAAGAUUUGUUUUUGAAAUACCCUAUGCUUUUUAAGACUUUUUUUUCUUUUUUUUUUAAUACUAUAUAUUUUUUUGUGUCGUAACUUGUGAUGGAGUUAUGUGAUUCUGUAGAGGGUCUGGGCAGACAAGCUGCAUAAUAGUUAACUUGUUUCACCCCUGAGUAAAAUAAUGUUUAAUGGCCAGAGCAAUGGGGGGGACUUUGGGCUUCUUCCCCCUGACACUUAACAUUUAAAUUGUCCCAGCCAACUUAAUGUUUAACAUCUUGCGGUUAGUAUUGGUUUGUGGGAUUAGUUUGCCCCAAUAUCUUCCCUUUAAUCUCCUUCAAAAUAGGUCUGUACAACUAUGCAUGUUUUAGACCAUUGCAGAAUUUCAACUAUAAAGCCGUUAGCCCUGCUCAAUACUUUGUGAUUUGUAGAAAUCCCUUUUUAUAAAGACAAGGUUUUAGUGCACCUUAAAUUGCACCAUAUUCUUGUUUUGGAAUUUUACAGUGCACAACUGAAAUGUUUAAGUUGUAAAUGUAUUUUUUUUGUGUGUACAACCUUUUUAAACCUGUGACAUCUAUGAUUUUGGGAUUAAAGUUUGGUUAAAAAAAGAGUGCAAUUUUCUGGUCAAUAUUGGUAGUUUAUAUUGAGCAAUGUUAUGUCUAAUUUACCAUAAAAUGUGUACCCCCUUCCUUUAUACAUUUCUCCCAUUCUAUUGUGGAUUGUCAGACAUAUAUUUGCUAGCAACUUGUCACUGAGGCACAAACAUGCAUCCGUUGGAUGUUUGUAGAAUAAAAAGCAUCCUCUGAAACUUUUCAAACUGA